AUGAAUUCUCUUCACUCCAUUCUCUUCUUUCUUCUCACUAUCUCUUCUUUCUACCUUGUCUCCUCUUUUACUUCAACACCCUCUUACAAAGACCAUUGUGGUUCAAUAGUUCCAGAGUCAACUCCCAAUGGACUCAUCCACAACUCUUCCCCUUUUGAUGAUUACUACAGAGGUUACUUCACAGGAGGUGAUAGCAUCAUAGAUGGUGGAACUUCCUUUAACCAAUACUCCUUUGCCUUCGAACCAAUGCACACACGUGCAACCAAGUCCUCUGACUUGUUCAAAGUUGAAGGCUCUGCAUCACUCACCUCCAGCAUAUCUUACUACCAUGUAGGGAACGUCAGCUAUGGUGAGAGGUUGAGAUAUGAGCGCCAACGCCGCUACCGUAGAAGCCAUGUAAACUUCAAGCUUGAUGGCUUCUGGUCUGAGUCUUCAGGGAAGGUUUGCAUGGUAGGGACAGGAAAUGGUUAUUCCAAGGAAGGUAAGUAUCUUAAUCUGGAUGUUGUGUUUAAGCUUGAUAAUGUGUUCAAUGCAAGCAAUAUCACUAGCUUGGUGAGUGGAACAUUGGAGAGCUUGAGGAAGGAUUGGAGCCACUUUGAACCCAUUUCUGUGGUGAUCUUUCCAAAAGCAAAUUACAAAUAUACCUUGGAUUCCAUAAAAGUAGCCAAUGAGUUCUCUUCUGGGAGUGAUGAUACUACAAAGGGUGGUUUACCAUUGAAUUCAAUGAGUUUUUGUUCACAUUCCCUCUCAAGGGCUAUUAGGAAUCUCCAAUUGGAGUUCUCUCCUGAGUGCAAUUCUUUUAAGAAUUGCACUCCUAUUAGUGAGAGUUCUGGUCAAUUGCCAUCUGUAGUGUCUUUGAAAGGCAUCGAGUGUUCUAUCACUAACAACAAGCAUAGGUUGAGGGUUCUGAUGAGGUUUUUGAAUAUUAGUGACUUCGGGAUUAGCCAGAGUUUCAAUCCUGAAACUAUGUUGGUAGGAGAGGGAUGGUGGGAUGAGAAGAGAAACAUGUUGUGUGUAGUGGCUUGUCAUUUCAUAGGCAAGUCAUCAUCCUUGGCUGGUACUCAUGUGGGUGAUUGCUCCAUAAGAUUAAGAUUGAGAUUCCCCUCAACUUGGUCAAUCAACAGCACUAGUAGCAUAGUGGGCCAAAUUUGGAGCAACAAGAGUACUAAUGAUCCAAGCCACUUCAAGAUGAUAACAUUUAGAAAUGGUGAUGAUCGUUGGGUGGGAAUUCAAGCUAAAAAGUAUGAGUAUAGCCUAUUAGACAGAGUGAAGAAGUCGUGCCCAAAACACAAGCCUGUUAAGAACAAGAAGAGAACAUAUCCAGAUGCCUAUUCUUAUGACAUGAGAUUUGACAUGUCAGUUAGAGAGUCUAACAAAAGAGUAGCAUGGGGAUAUUCAGAACCCUUGUCUGUUGGUAAUGAGGUCUCUACCUUAGGUAAGAAUGUCUCAAGCUCCUUUGUAGAAGUUAAUGAGGUAAAAAACAACAGUGGUGGUUUGUUUAACAUUAGCUACAAAAUCUCACUGUGGUUUAAUUCAACCAGUGACAAGAAUUCCCUGUUAAACCAGUCCUCUUGGUCGGUGAGGAUUUCAGCAGAAGGAGUUUAUGAUGCUGGAGCAGGAAGCUUGUGUAUGGUAGGUUGCCGUGAUCUUCACUCAAACUCUCUCUCACCAGUAGCUCAUUCUGUGGAUUGUGGGAUUGUGGUGAAGUUUCAGUUACCACCAUUAGAAGCAAAAAGUGGAAUCUUCAUUAAGGGAAGCAUUGAAAGCACACGCAAGAAGUCAGAUGCUCUUUACUUCCAACCUUUGGACUUAUCUUCAUCUGCAUUUUACACUGAAGCAGCUAAAAAAAUAGUUUGGAGAAUAGAUAUAGAGACCAUCAUGGUUCUGAUAUCUACCACUCUAGCAUGUGUUUUUGUGGGAUUGCAGCUCUUCCAUGUGAAGAGACACCCCAAUGUGCUCCCCUUGAUCUCACUUAUUAUGAUGUCAAUGCUUACUUUAGGCCACAUGAUACCCCUUGUUCUAAACUUCGAAGCACUUCUUACUCAAAAUCCUAACAACAAAAACUUUGUAUUUGGAAAUGUUGGGUGGCUUGAAGUGAAUGAAAUAGCUAUAAGGCUAAUCACCAUGGCGGCUUUCUUGUUGCAAUUUCGACUCCUUCAACUAACUUGGUCAUCAAGAAAGAGUGAUGAAAGCAUAAAUGGCCUCUGGAUUGCUGAGAGAAAGGCUGCUUAUGUCACUUUUCCAUUGUAUGCUGCUGGCUUAUUGAUUGCAUUGCUGUUUAAGUUGAAGAGAGAUGGAGAUGAGGUUGCUGUGCUUACUCCAUUGAACCAACAUCAUUCUUCAUCUUGGGAGAACUUAAAAUCUUAUGGUGGUUUGGUAUUGGAUGGCUUUCUCUUGCCACAGAUUAUCCUAAACCUGUUCUCAAACAUGAAGGACAAUGUUCUUUCAUGUUCUUUUUACUUUGGAACUACUUUCGUGAGAUUGUUGCCUCAUGCCUAUGAUCUUUACAGGACUCAUAAUUUUGCUCGCGUAGAUAAUGGAUCAUACUUCUAUGCGGAUCCAAGUGCAGAUUUUUACUCCACUGCUUGGGAUAUUGCCAUUCCAUUGGGAGGUAUCUUGGUGGCUAUCAUUAUCUACUUGCAGCAACGUUUUGGUGCCCAUUGUAUUCUUCCUCAAAGAUUCAAAGGGUCUAAUGUGUAUGAAAAGGUGCCUGUGGUUGCUGAAUCAGAAGCUGAAGUAGAGACAAACAACUUGUAA